AUGACUCGGCUUUUAGAAGGAAAAUUAGUAAAAAAAGACAAAAAACGAGCAGCCAAGCUUAAGAAAGCCAAAGAUGAAGCCAAAGUUGAAGAAGACCGAAACAGACUAGCCACCUUUGUGCGAGAGGCCCUUGAUGAAGUCGGCAAAGAAGAUUUCCCAGAAACAGUCGAGGGUAAAGAGAAAUUCUUUAUGGAUCAAGUGGCAAUGGGGGAAAGUUUGUUCGCGGGUGGCGAAUCUGGAUAUCAAUCAGCUGCUAUUUGUUUCUACAAGGCGUUGAAAGUAUAUCCAUCACCAGUGGAACUUAUUAUGAUAUAUCAAAAAACUAUUCCUGAAGCCGUGUUUAAUUUGGUUUACACCAUGAUGUCCCUAGAGAUAAAGAAAAGGCAAGAAGAAUACUGGGAAAUAUUUCCGUCAAAUGAGAUGAAUGUUAAAAUACAGCCAGUCGAGAUUAAUGACUCAAAAGCCUCUGACGAUAAAGAAAAGUUAAUUCGUCGUGGAGUAUUUUCCAUAAAAGAUUUCAAACCGGGAGAUGUUAUAUAUGAAGAGAAACCUAUUGUAUCUGCACUUGACCCAAAUCUUGAGGGGGGCGGUUUCUGCGGAUAUUGUUUAAGAGAAAUAAAAGAAAAAGUAAUCGAAGACGAAGAUGAUCUUUUUCGACCUAUCUAUUGUUCCGAAAAAUGUCGUAGCACUGCAUCGGCCGAAUACUCGACAAUAUUGUUCAAAAAACCUACUACUUCACCUCUCACCGAUAAAGAAUCACGACUAGUAGAUUUGAUAAAGGGAGAUAAUGUUAAAUACCCGCUGAUGAUUGCACGAUUUUUUGCUCGAAUGGUAUACGAAGAGACAGAGAAAGUGGCGCAAAAGAUCGAAGAAGAAUACACCACUUAUGAUCACGUCGAAAAAUUACGGUACCUAGAAUUGCCGGUCACUGAACGAGAACAGCGCGAGAUUGAGAUUCUUAAAGAUUUGCUGGCUAGCAAAGUACCGGGGAUUGAAGAAUUUAUUUCGGAACGUUAUAUGAUGUUUAAAGGGAAACUUGAGUAUAAUUCUUAUGGUAUAAAUACUGCAAAGGAAUACAAUAAAUCAAUUAAUGAGAGCAAGGAAGAAACAGUGCGUAAUUCCAGCAAUUCUCAGAUUACAGGGGCCGGAUUCUAUCAUGUCACAUCUUUCUUUGCGCAUUCUUGUGAUCCUAAUACACAAAUCUCAUUUCCAUCCGAAAACCACGUCUUGUCGGUUAUUGCAACUAAGCCAAUUAAAGCUGGCGAUGAGCUAAAAUUAAGCUACAUUAAGAUUGGCGAUUAUGACACCAAAAGCCGACGAGAAGAACUAUUGAAAAAAUGGAAAUUCUUAUGCUUGUGUCCAAAAUGCGCAGAAGACGAUCCGGGCGAAGAUGAAGACGACGAAGAAAAUUGGGUUGAUGAAGAUGAAGGUUCUUCUAGUUAA